AUGACUCGAGUCGUGAGAAGAGGCGCCUCGGCGUGGCGCGCUCCCAGCCGAGCUAUGCAGAGAAGAGCUAGAAAGCAUAAGGUUAUCAUGGAAUCAAUGACCCAAGAAAAGAAGAAGCUUCGAAGCGUAAUAUCUUUUGAGGCGAAAGCACCGACGGGUUACACUUUUAUACCCGCAGGAAAUCCUCACCUCACGACGGCUUGCAAAGAAUGGUGCCGUAAAGAGGGCUGUCAGAUUUAUGCGGUCUCGGUUAUCAUUUUCCAAGUACCGUGGUGGCAGCGGCAUGUUCAGAGCUUGGGCUUUACCUCACCAGUGCUGGGAAAGCGGUUCCCUUUCAUACACUGGGCUCUCUUGAACAUCGCGCACCCGCGGACUCUGAAGCCUCUCAAGAGGUAA